CGUUUCCGCCAUCACCAACCAUUCAGGACGCUUAUUCUGGGGCUACAAGUUCCAUUACACAGAAGAUAUUACUGUCUACGGCACAGCACAGUGCAUACAAUACUUGGCACCACGGGACUGUAAGUCUUGCUUAGACAAUGCCUUCAGCCGAAUGCUCAAAGAUUUUGCAGACAGACAAGGUGGUGCAGUUUUUUAUAACUUGGAAUGUUCUGUAAGAUACGAGACGUAUCCCUUUUUCACUCCCUCAUCUCACAAGAUUGAAUCUAGCAGUGUGAAUUUCAUCACGUCAAUCUGCUCCCCACCAGCAUCUAUUGAUAUGGUUGGUACCCCCUAUCACAUAAACCUCAAGGCUCUGCUCUAUUAUCUGACAGACAAGGCACCUAUGUCUGGCUUCUACAGCGACACGAUGGGCCUGGGCUCCAACCAAGUGUAUGGCCAAGUCUUGUGCCGAGGCGACGUCCCUGUUGACGUUUGCUGGAACUGCACAGCCCAGGCUGCAACCAAAAUCCAAGAGCUGUGCCCCAACAGUAGCAGCGCAAUCAUAUGGCUCGACCGCUGCCAGUUGCGCUAUUCCGACGUGAACUUCGCCGGCAUGGUUGAUGUCUAUGACAGGGCAUGCCAGGGUGGAUUAGGGGAUUCAUCCAGCCCAGCCAACUUCAAUCAGAGUUUGAGAAUCCUCAUCUCCAACCUGACCUCGCAGGCGACGCAGAGCUCUUCCAGUCGCUUCUUUGCCGCAGGAGUUUCUGUGGUUGGUGAAUCACAGAGGAUCUAUGCUAUGGUGCAGUGCGUGAGAGAUAUACCCGUGGACCGAUGUAAGUGGUGCUUGGAUAACGCCGGCUCUAAUAUCGAAGGAUGCUUUAAUGGAAAACAAGGCGGUCGGAUUCUCACCGGAAGCUGCAACCUAGCUUUUGGAGCGCAGCCCUUCUUUUUCGGCGAUCCGACGGUGGUAUCUCUCCCCCAGACCAAUCAUGGUGAGUCCCCACUCCCACUCAGUCGAAUCACAUGAUCUAAAUAGAAUUAUAAUACAUGUGUUGGGGCCGUUGCCUACCAUUCUGCUUACCUUACCAAAUGGACUCUUUGGUGAACGACUGUCACCAUUAUGAGCAUUAAUGGUUUUGAGAGCGUCACUUUUAUUGAGAACAGACUCGUCAAGCCAGCUGAUUUUUGUGGUGUCAGUCGGAUUUGAAGGAAUGACGAGGCAGAUGAAGACGUCUACUCUCAUCAUUUUAUCCCGUGUUGCAUGGCAUAAGCGUUGGUGGAUGUUUGUUAUCAUCAGCAUCAGUGGAGGGGUAAUCUUAGCAGCAGCCUGCGCAUUGUGCUUAGUUCGGAGUAGACAGAAAACUUCAAGUAAAUUUUGAUUUUGCCUUGAGAAACAUUGUAGGUCCUAUCUUUCACUAAAAGCCUUAAUAUUUCUUGAUUUACUGCAUCUUUAUGGCAUUUCAGGGAAGAUAGAAUAUAAAGAAGCCUCUUCGGUUGAUGCUGGGAGCUUAAAAGACAAUG